UUCCUGGUCCCAUUCGUGUUUUUAUGUUUUUAUUCGUGUGUAUGUGACUCGAACAAAAGAAUCAGUAUCAAAAAACUCUCUUCUGCGUCGUGAGACUUUCUGUUCAUAUCCUCACAACGCCAAGGACCUUGUACAAAUCGAGUUUCUCACAAGGAAAUGGCAACGGACGUCAUAAUGGACUGGGAUAUCAUAGACAUUUUCAACUUCCAUAACGAACACCGAGAGCUGGACAUUGACAUCCAAUCUGUUCUGCUGAAGGAAACAAGCUAUGGCACGUUACUUCCACAAGGUGAGGAGGAUCCCAUGUACCAAACAUUGGAGUGCCACAAACGAACCGUAGAACCCCCAAUGAUCCAUUCAUCUUCGUUCUGGAAACCCUCGAAAUGCACAACUCCGACAUCAGAGUUGAACGACUCCGUGGAAUGUGACGAACUUACCCCAGAUAUGCUGAAAGAGGCAACUGAAGCGGAGAUCCUGUUUAAGGAAGAUUCUUCAAUUUCUCCAUCAGACAUGUGCUCCAGGGAUCCGAUUCCGUGUGAUGAUCGACUGUACAGUGAUAACAACAAUAACCGACCAUGUCCUCACUGUAACAAACACUUCCCGUGUAAGUCUACUCUCGAUCGACACCUUCGACGGCAUACAGACGAAAAGCCGUUCCAGUGUACCAAAUGUCCCAAGGCAUUCCGGUUCUCCUCCACGCUGUCCGCACACAAGAAGCUGCACGACCAAAGAGGACCCAGUCUGCGGUGUGAAACGUGUGGACGAGCCUUCACACAGCCCAGUGCCCUCUCGAGCCAUCGGCUACUUCAUCGGACGGAUCGACCGCAUUGUUGUACUCUUUGUGGCAAACAGUUUGUCCGCUUGCACGCCCUCAAGACACAUGUCCUUAGUCACGCGAAUGAACGACCCUUCGCGUGCGAUCAGUGUGAAAAAACGUUUACCGAAAAGCACGUCCUUGUGCGCCAUCGGAAGACGCACAGUGGCGAACGGCCGCACGAGUGUGAGGUGUGUUCGAAGGCCUUCAAGGAACGGUAUGACCUACUACGCCACAUGCUCAUUCACAGUGGAUUGCGACCUCACAAGUGUACCGAUUGCUCGAAAACUUUCACCCAAUCCAAUGCACUGGCGAAGCAUCGGAAGUGUCACGAACGGGAACGCAUUCUUGACCACCAGGCGGAUACAGUGUCCUUUUCUGUGACCAGAACGGAAACUACGUGUUAUUUUUUUCUAACUUUAAACAGCUUCAACUUCCAUAACGAACACCGAGAGCUGGACAUUGACAUCCAAUCCGUUCUGCUGAAGGAAACAAGCUAUGGCACGUUACUUUCGCAAAGUGAGGAGGAUCCCAUGUACCAAACAUUGGAAUGCCACAAACGAACCGUUGAACCCCCCAUGAUCCAUUCAUCUUCAUUCUGGAAACCCUCGAAAUGCACAACUCCGACAUCAGAGUUGAACGACUCCGUGGAAUGUGACGAACUUACCCCAGAUAUGCUGAAAGAGGCCAGUGAAGCGGAGAUCCUGUUUAAGGAAGAUUCUUCAAUUUCUCCAUCAGACAUGUGCUCCAGGGAUCCGAUUCCGUGUGAUGAUCAACUGCACAGUGAUAACAACAACAACCGACCAUGUCCUCACUGUAACAAACACUUCCCGUGUAAGUCUACUCUCGAUCGACACCUUCGACGGCAUACAGACGAAAAACCGUUCCAGUGUACCAAAUGUCCCAAGGCAUUCCGGUUCUCCUCCACGCUGUCCGCACACAAGAAGCUGCACGACCAAAGAGGACCCAGUCUGCGGUGUGAAACGUGUGGACGAGCCUUCACACAGCCCAGUGCCCUCUCCAGCCAUCGGCUACUUCAUCGGACGGAUCGACCGCAUUGUUGUACUCUUUGUGGCAAACAGUUUGUCCGCUUGCACGCCCUCAAGACACAUGUCCUUAGUCACGCGAAUGAACGACCCUUCGCGUGCGAUCAGUGUGAAAAAACGUUUACCGAAAAGCACGUCCUUGUGCGCCAUCGGAAGACGCACAGUGGCGAACGGCCGCACGAGUGUGAGGUGUGUUCGAAGGCCUUCAAGGAACGGUAUGACCUACUACGCCACAUGCUCAUUCACAGUGGAUUGCGACCUCACAAGUGUGUCGAAUGUUCGAAAUCUUUCAUCCAAUCCAAUGCACUGGCGAAGCAUCGGAAGUGUCACGAACGGGAACGCAUUCUUGACCACCAGACGGAUUCAGUGUCCUUUUCUGUGACCAGAACGGAAACUACGUGUUGUUAGAUGUAGCUGGGGUAGUUAAAGGCGAGUUAGACCGAUGCAACAGGUGUACAGGCGGUGAAUUUCAUGUGUCAUUUGUCGAUUGUUUGAGUUGAUUUGUCGAAAAUAAAUACACACGUGAUUGUGCAAAUAUUAUGGUUGGCGUUUUGGAAGUUUUACUGAUCUUCAAGAACUAUAUACAACAGAACACCCUUCCUGCAUUACAUGCUUUAGUUAGUUAUGUGUAAUACGUUAACGAGUCUUACGGGUUUUUGUGUUUAUUGUUCUACUUUUUCAAUUUUUACCACUGUCCCUAGUAUUACUAACGAAAAUUCGAGUCUUUUGAGAUAUUAUCUCAGAUUAAAUUUGUUCAAAAAUGUUUUAAGUUUAAUUAUUUUUUUGUUUUAGAUCUGUUUGUUUGAAG